AAUUCAAGGCAUGAAAAAUGCUGUUCCCAAGAAUGAUAAAAAGAGACGAAAACAGCUGGCUGAUGAAGUUGCCAAACUAGAGGCAGAACUUGAACAGAAGCACAAGGAGGAAUUAAAGCAGCUGAAGGAAGUUUCACCUGAGCAGAAUAAGACAGAUUCUAUAGCUGAUGGGGUUGCAAAUUUAGAGCUUGAAGGAGUAGAGCAACAGAGUCAGCAUCCUCGAAUAUCAAAAGCGCAGAAGAGGCGGGAAAAAAAAGCUGCCUUGGAGAAAGAACGAGAAGAAAGGAUAGCUGAAGCUGAGAUAGAAAAUUUAACGGGUGCUAGACAUCUUGAAAGUCAGAAACUUGCCUCCCUAUUGGCAGCAAGGCACUUAGAGAUUAAACAGAUCCCUUCAGAUGGCCAUUGCAUGUACAGAGCUAUUGAAGAUCAGCUCAAGGACCGCCAAAAUUCCUGGACUGUUGCAACUCUGAGGAACCAAACAGCAAAGUAUAUGCAAAGUCACUUUGAUGACUUCCUGCCAUUUCUUACAAACCCUAGUACUGGAAACAUGUAUAGCAGAGAGGAAUUUGAAAAAUACUGUGAUGAUAUAGAGAAUACAGCUGCAUGGGGUGGUCAGCUAGAACUAAGGGCUUUGUCGCACAUUUUGCAAACACCUAUUGAAGUAGUGCAAAUGAAUUCCCCUCCCAUUAUUGUUGGUGAAGAAUAUUCAGGCAAACCAAUAAUACUUGUGUAUAUGAGACAUGCCUAUGGAUUAGGAGAACAUUAUAAUUCUGUAAAACUUCUAACAGAUGCUGCUACAGAAAAUGGCAGCUAGCAUACAGAAGUCAUAAAUCCACAUGGAUAACAGUUGCAUCUUGAUGUGUUGGGCUCCAGACAAUUCCCAGACAGACUGGAAAGUAAAACUACAUGGAAUGGAUUAAAAAUGAUAAAAAGACCUACAAGGUUUGACUAUAAAUCAGAAGUAGCUCUCGAUUUAAAACAAAACCAAACCAAAACCACACAACAGUAUUUUGAACUUGUUGGUAUUAAUCAUGUUUAGAAGACCUUCUCUAAAAUGGUGGCUGUGUAGAUGAGAAAUUAUUUUUUUUUAAUAGACCUUCAUCCCAUGCUGCCGUGAAAAUACCAAGUAGUAAAUGUUUUGGUUAAUCUGCAUUUCUGCUGAAGAAUGAAGGUUACGUGAAGGUUCCUGUUACAUUAUUUCUGGCAGAUUUUGAUGAUCAUGGAAGAGUUAAGGCAUUUAAAAUAAUUGAUUUUAUUUUGAUUCAUGGAAUAUCCUCUACAGUGUUUCUUUAGUUCUAUCGGGAUCUAGCUUUAACACUGUAGUAGAGAUCCUCUUCUUUAUUUGGGCAGAGAGAAGAGCUGGAGGCACAUCUAGUAGUAGAAUAUCUUGCUUGACUGAAGGAAUUGAACAAUCUUUAAAAUAAAAAGACUUAGUAAUCUAAGACUUUUACCAAGGUUUGAGGACUUCACUUUUUUUGCAGUUGACAAUAGGAACUGAACACUUGAUGCUGCUCGUAGUACUGAAUCUGUAGGAAGAGCAUUGUUGUUUAUGACUAUACAUCAUGAUGUUGUUGCAAGUUAACUGUGCUGUUCAUCCUUCAUAGUCUUUCAUCUGUGCAUUUCGAUCAUACAGAAAUCUUACAAACAAAAAGCUCCUCAAUGUCCUCACUUCAGGUAGUGAAACUCAUCUGAACUCAUCAUUUAUGGAUCUGCUGAUCUAAGCACUUCAUGAUCUAAAGUGAGAUGUUUCAGAAUGCUUAAAACAGCUGGUUGCAUACAGGUGUAAAAAUAACCACCUUGGGUUUUGUCAGUACCUUUAAAGGUGAUCUGCAGAAGAAUUAAGUUUAUUUUCAUUGCUCCUUAUGACGCACAGAGACUUGAAAAGUGUUUUUUUUUUUUUAAUAUGGCUUGACUUUUCACAUUAGAAAUGUAGAUUUUUGUCUUCAAGUCACUGUAAAUGUGAGUCCAAAAUUAGCAGUGUACUGAAACCAAAGUUGUAAUGCAAUUGUUUUUUAACAAUAGAAGUGAUAGUGGUUUUUUUUUUAUUCUUAACAAAGCCUUAGUUAACAUUAUAAUUGUCAGUAUUUUAGUGCUGAUGAGUUGGUUUGGAGAAAAGCGGUUCAUGUCAAGUUUAAACACCUUUGCUCUGAUUUGAGAAUUACGAGCUAACAAUGUGCAUCUUGUAGUCCUUCAGUAAAGCUAGCCAGCAGAUUGACGUUCCUGGGACUUACAAAUUAGAAAGAAAAAUCUGCUCUUACUUAAGAAGAGGGAGAUAAAUGUUCACUUUAUGGAUCAGAUUAUGUCUGAUUCAAAGCACUUUGAGAGAGGGAGGGGGAAAAAUCAGACAAUUAUAGCAGGGGGCUUUGGACAAGCAGAACUUGAAUCAUGACUUCUUUAGACUGGUGCCUGCCAGGAAAACAAUGUAUUAACCAGGCCAGGAGUUUUUACACCCUUAUUUAUCUGAUACAGCGUAGCAAAUAUAGCUGUAUUUAUAGCAGCUGGCUUACUGUAGAAUUUGGUUUACUACCUUGAUUGUAGGAAAUGAUGUUUGUAAUUUCAAACAAAACAUUGGAUACAACAGUAUGGAAAAAGUGUCUCUAAUCAUAAUACCACUAUGAAUUUCACUAAAAAUAAUAAUCAGAAAUACUCUUCUCUGUGUUGCUUAGAAUUGAUGUGCUAUGAAAUGCAUAUGCUGCAUUUUAUAGAUAUCCUGUGAAAAAAGUUCUUUGGUUUAUUGGGUUUUCAUUCUUGGUUGAUUAACUGACAGAGAAAAGAUGCCAGAAUCGUGGAACGCCUGUACCAACAGUUUGUCCUGUUGAAGAUGUUUACAAUUUGUAUAAAGUGAAAUAAUGUUUUAAUAUAGUGAGUGAAAGAUCCUUGCUCAUGCUGUAUGGGACUUGCCAAAAAGUAAUAAAUCGGUUUAUUUGUGGCAAA